CUUUGCGACAAUCGCAGCAACUCUUCAACGAAGAACAAAUUCCCUCUACUCCAAUCUAAUAAAUUUGUCCUUAAACAUCCUACCUUCAAAAAUAAGAAGAUAUGGGGGGCAAAUCCGACAACAAGGCUGGCUACUUCGAUAAGCUCAAGGGCUUACUCGAGGAGUACAAGUCCAUCUUCAUCGUCACCGUCGACAAUGUCAGCUCUCAACAGAUGCACGAGAUCCGUGGAUCUCUCCGUGGUGAGGGUGUUGUCUUGAUGGGAAAGAACACCAUGGUACGUUUGACGCCGAUUGAAGGAAUUGUUGUCUUUUGCGCAUCCAGAAAGCUAAUUUUAUGAUUGAUUAGGUCCGUCGUGCUGUCAAGGGCUUCAUCGCCGAGAACCCAGAAUACGAGCGACUCCUUCCUUUCGUUAAGGGUAACGUCGGUUUCGUUUUCACCAACCAAGACCUCAAGACCAUCCGUGACAAAAUUCUCGACAACAAGGUUGCUGCUCCAGCUAGAGCCGGUGCCGUUGCCCCAGACGAUGUCUUCGUCCCAGCCGGUAACACUGGUAUGGAACCAGGAAAGACCUCUUUCUUCCAAGCUCUCGGUGUCCCAACCAAGAUUGCCCGUGGUACCAUUGAAAUUACCGCAGACUUGAAGCUCGUUGAGGCUGGUUCCAAGGUCGGAGCUUCCGAGGCUACCCUUCUUAACAUGUUGAACAUCUCUCCAUUCACAUACGGUAUGGGUAUCUCCCAAGUUUACGAUGCUGGUAACACUUUCCCACCAAGCGUUCUCGACAUUGAGGAGGCUCAACUUCUCAAGGCUUUCAGCAGUGCUAUUACCACCAUUGCUGCUAUCUCCUUGGCUGCCAACUUCCCAACCCUUCCAUCUGUUAUGCACUCUGUUGUCAACAGCUACAAGAAGGUUUUGGCCGUUGCCAUCUCUACCGACUACAGCUGGGCUGAGAUUGAUGAAUUGAAGGACCGUAUUGCCAACCCAGAGGCCUACGCCAGUGCUGGACCUGCCGCCACUGAGGCCGCCCCAGCCGCCGCUGUUGAAGAAGCCAAGAAGGAGGAAUCCGAGGCUGAGGAGUCUGCUGAUGAGGGCUUCGGAGGAAUGUUCGACUAAGUUCGUCCAUGAUCUAUCUGCUAUGAAUUCUCUGUAUGUCUGAAAAGAUAUAUAAGAGGGCAUGAUAGCCAUCUAGUAGUCAUACAAGUAUCUUGACUCUGGGAAAUAAAAGAAACUUAACAAGCCAAAGAAUGUGUAUCGUGGUAUGACAUUGAAAUGUGAUGUAAAAAUCACAAGUCUGUAACACUCCGAAGGUCAGUC